GGGCGGGCUUCAUACUGGGUAUGCGUGUUGCGGGGCUUGGGGGCCGGGCGGCUGUUUCCUGUCCUGGUGCAUGGUGGUCGGACGAAGGAAUUGUUGGAAAAUUUUCUCGGAGGUAAAAAAUGUUGUUAGCCCAAAUAAAUCGAGAUUCUCAGGGAAUGACAGAGUUUCCUGGAGGAGGAAUGGAGGCUCAGCAUGUUACCCUGUGCCUGACAGAGGCAGUAACUGUGGCAGAUGCUGACAAUUUAGAAAAUAUGGAAGGUGUAAGCUUACAAGCAGUAACACUUGCAGAUGGUUCUACCGCUUAUAUACAACACAAUUCUAAAGAUGGAAAACUCAUAGAUGGCCAGGUCAUUCAGUUGGAAGACGGUUCUGCUGCCUAUGUUCAACAUGUACCCAUACCUAAAAGUACAGGGGACAGUUUACGUCUAGAGGAUGGUCAAGCCGUGCAGUUAGAAGAUGGAACUACAGCCUUUAUUCACCAUACCUCCAAAGAUAGUUAUGACCAGAGCGCAUUACAGGCAGUUCAGCUGGAAGAUGGCACCACGGCUUACAUCCACCAAGCAGUGCAAGUCCCACAGUCUGAUACCAUCCUACCAAUUCAGGCUGAUGGUACAGUGGCAGAUCUGCAUACUGGGGAUGUCACAAUUGAUUCUGAAACCAUCAAUGCUUUGGAACAGUAUGCAGCAAAGGUAUCCAUUGAUGGAAGUGAAAGUAUAACAGGUACUGGAAUGAUUGGAGAAAAUGAGCAAGAGAAAAAAAUGCAGAUUGUCUUACAAGGACAUGCAGCAAGAGUAACUGCUAAAUCUCAACAGAGUGGAGAGAAGGCAUUUCGAUGUGAAUAUGAUGGAUGUGGAAAAUUAUAUACAACAGCUCAUCAUCUUAAGGUUCAUGAGAGGUCACACACGGGAGACCGGCCUUAUCAGUGUGAGCAUCCUGGCUGUGGGAAAGCAUUUGCAACAGGUUAUGGAUUAAAAAGUCAUGUCAGAACUCAUACAGGAGAAAAGCCAUAUCGGUGUUCAGAAGAUAAUUGUACUAAAUCCUUUAAAACUUCAGGAGAUCUACAGAAACAUAUCAGAACUCAUACAGGAGAAAGACCCUUUAAAUGUCAUUUUGAAGGCUGUGGUCGGUCUUUUACAACAUCAAAUAUCAGAAAAGUGCAUAUUAGGACACACACAGGAGAAAGACCUUAUUACUGCACAGAACCAGGAUGUGGAAGGGCAUUUGCCAGUGCAACCAAUUAUAAAAACCAUGUGAGGAUACACACAGGGGAAAAGCCAUAUGUUUGUACAGUCCCUGGGUGUGAUAAAAGGUUUACAGAAUAUUCUAGUUUGUAUAAACAUCAUGUUGUUCACACUCAUUCCAAACCUUACAACGGUAAACACUGUGGGAAGACAUAUAAGCAGAUCUCCACGCUGGCCAUGCACAAACGGACCGCCCACAACGACACAGAGCCAAUCGAGGAGGAGCAGGAAGCCUUCUUUGAGCCUCCCCCAGGUCAAGGUGAAGAUGUUCUUAAAGGGCCCCAGAUCACAUAUGUCACAGGUGUAGAAGGGGAUGAUGUUGUGUCUACACAAGUAGCCAUGGUAACCCAGUCUGGGUUGAGUCAACAGGUUACACUCAUAUCCCAGGAUGGGACUCAGCAUGUCAACAUAUCUCAAGCUGACAUGCAAGCCAUUGGCAAUACCAUCACAAUGGUAACGCAGGAUGGCACACCCAUCACAGUCCCUGCUCAUGAUGCAGUCAUCUCCUCAGCAGGGACACACUCAGUUGCUAUGGUAACUGCUGAGGGUACAGAAGGGCAGCAGGUUGCAAUUGUGGCUCAGGACUUGGCAGCAUUCCACACUGCCUCAUCAGAAAUGGGGCACCAGCAGCACAGCCAUCACUUAGUAACCACAGAAACCAGACCUCUGACCUUAGUGGCAACAUCCAAUGGUACCCAGAUUGCAGUUCAGCUUGGAGAACAGCCAUCUCUGGAAGAAGCCAUCAGAAUAGCAUCCAGGAUCCAACAAGGAGAAACACCAGGGCUGGAUGACUAAUCCCAAGAGCAAUAAAGCCAGGGAGCCUUUCAUCUUCAGGCAGCAGAGCUCCAGGAAGCCCGGGGCCCAGGAAAAUGAUAACUUUUCCAUUCCUCAACACUGUACACAUUUUUAUGCAAGAGUGGAGAACAUUUUAUUCUUGACACUUUUGUGUAUAUAACCCUUGGAAUAGAUUUCCAAAUUGAUUCAUUGUGUACAAGGAAGUAUGAAAUUAGGGCAAUCCAGUAAAUUUUCACAUUACUCUUUUAUCACAUUGCAGACUCCUAGAGUCUUUAUGUAAGACAGUGAAGUCUUACCGAGACUUAGGGUGGAUUUUUAACUUACUGUGAAAAAAAAACCACACAAAUAAAGGCUAUAUCUAAAAUAUCAAAGGUUCUAUAUGUCACACAAUCAUAAUUCCAAAAGCCAUCAUGGAUAAUAAAGAAUGUAAAGCCUGUAAAUAUUUCCCCUGGUUAGUAGAGUGUCUGCAGCUUUUGUUCUACUGUAUAUUUGUCUGUUUUUACUUUUGUCUCAUGGUUUGAAGACUGUUCAUUAAGGCUUCCAUUCCUGUUAAUUACCAGCUCUUCAAGCUGAAAUGCUAAUUAUAUUAGCACUACAUUGGAUUAUGUAUAAAAUUACAAAGUUUGGUUACUUAAAAUUAAAAAGCUAAAUCCAGUACUUUGGUUUUGUUAAAGACUUUACUUAGUGUUCAUGUUUUUGUUACUGUUUUAAAAAAAAAAAAUAAUGCACUAUCAAAGUUUGACCACAAUCUGGAGCCCAGAUAACAGUGGCUUUACUCUGAAAAUAAGGUUAGUGGGUUGGUGUAAAUUAUUUAUUUUUUUGCUUAUGUACUUUUAUUUUAAAGCUUAUUUACCCUAAAGUUUAUUAUUUUGAAUACAGCAAUUUUUAAAAUGUUACCUUUAUAUUUGUUUUAUUAAAUUGGUAUGGGGGGUGGGGGGAACUGUUACAGAAAAUACCACAAAUGUAAUAGAUUAUAACCCAACACACAUGAUUGAGAGUACAUUGUAGAUCAAGCACCGAAUAAGUACUAUUCUAUACAUUUUUAUGUACUCAUAACAGUUUUGUGAGAUAUAUGGGAUUUACAAUGCCAUAUUUGUACAGGAGGAAAGUGAAGUUCCAAAGAAGUUAAGUGUCUUACCCAGGCCUAUAGCUGUGAAGGGGCAGAGCAAGGACUUGAGAACCCAGACUUUCUGACUCCCAAAUCCAGUGUGUAUUUCACCACGCCACAGCUGCCUUCUCAGAUGAUAAUUUA